AUGUGGCCCCAACCCUGCCUCCCUCCCCACCCCAUGAUGUUAGAAGAGACUCGACAGAGUCAAUUGGCAGCAGCCAAGAAAAAGCUGAAAGAAUAUCAACAGAGGAACAGCCCUGGUCUUCCAGCAGGAGCGAAGACAAAAAAGAAGAAAACUGGCAGUAGCCCUGACACAACCACUUCUGGUGGUUGCCACUCACCUGGGGAUAGCCGGAACCAAGAACUGGAAGUAGCCCUGGACUCAAGCUCCACAACAAUCAAUCAACUCUAUGAAAACAUAGAAUCACUGAAACAACAGAAGGAACAAGUGGAGCAUCAGCUGGAAGAAGAAAAGAAAGCAAACAAUGAAAUACGCAAAGCACAAAUGGAGCAGUUAGAGACAAUCAACAUCCUCACGCUGGAAAAGGCAGACUUAAAGACCACCCUUUACCAUACUAAACGUGCCGCCAGACACUUCGAAGAAGAGUCCAAGGAUCUUGCUGGCCGCCUGCAAUACUCCUUACAGCGCAUUCAAGAAUUGGAGCGGGCUCUCUCUGCUGUGUCUACACAGCAGCAGGAAGAGGACAGGUCCUCGAGCCGCAGUGAAGCAGUCCUCCAGUGGCAGUUACAGCAGACCAGAAAGGAGCGGGCGCUGCUGAACGCACACGUGACACAGGUGACAGAGUCACUAAAACAAGUCCAGCUACAGAGAGAUGAAUAUGCUCAACAAAUAAAAGGAGAGAGGGCCCGGUGGCAGGAGAGGAUGCGGAAAAUGUCGAUGGAGGCUCACGCAUUGAAAGAGGAGAAGCAGCGUCACAUACAUCGGAUACAGGAGCUGGAGACGAACUUCUCCGAACUCAAACACCAGAUUGCUGAGCCCCCAUCCCCAGUGGACCCAGCAGGAACAUCUGAGGUGGAACAGCUACAAGAUGAGGCCAAACACCUGAGGAAGGAGGUGGAAAGUCUGGAGGGAAAGCUCCAAUUCCAGAUGGAAAACAAUCAGGCCUUGAGUCUCCUGAGCAAGGAACAAAAGGAGAGGCUCCGGGAGCAGGAGGAGAGGCUCCGAGAGCAGCAAGAGAGGCUCCAAGAGCAGGAAGAGAGGAGGUUGCGGGAGGAGGAGAGACUAUGUGAGCAAAAGGAGAGGCUUCGGGAGAAGCAGAAGAGGCUGGGGGAGCAGGGUGAGAGGCUGCGAAAGCAGGAGGACAGGCUACGAAAGCGGGAGGAGAGGCUGCGAAAGGAGCAGGAGAGGCUGGAAAAGCAGGAGGAGAGGCUACAAAAGCAGGAGGAGAGACUGUGGGAGAAGGAGGAGAGGCUACGAAAACAGGAGGAGAGGCUGCAAAAGCAAGAGGAGAGGCUCCUGCUCUCCCAGAACCACAAGUUCGACAAGCAACUGGCUGAGCCACAGUGUGACUUGGAGAAUCUGAACAACAAGAACAAGAGCGCACUGCUGUUGGAGCAGCAAGUAAAGGAGCUGCAGGAGAAGCUGAGUAAGGAGCGCCUAGAAGCUGCCAGCCAGCAGAACCAACAGCUAGAGACCCAGUUCAGUCUCAUGGCUCUCCCUGGACAAGGAGAUGGAGGAGGACAUCUGGACACUGAGGAGGAGGGGGUGCCUCAGCCUAUGCCGAGCAUCCCAGAGGACCUGGAGAGCCGGCAAGCCACAAGCAGCUUUAAGGACCUCCCGAGGGAGAAGGUGGACGGGAAGCAGCAGGUGGAGAAUCUAGCGCUUCGAUUCAGCCAGCUCUCUGGAGCGACAGAUGGCAUGAGAGAGCACAUCACAGUAUAUGAGAGCCAGGGGGCAGGGCAAAACACGCGGCACCAAGAGGAGGAAGCCAGUAGGCUGGCCCAGAACGAGGAGGAGAUGAAGGUGAAGCUGCUGGAGCUGCAAGAUAUGGUGUUGCCGGUUGUGGGCGACCACGAGGGGCAUGACAAAUUCCUCCCUGCUGCCCAGAACCCUAUUGAUCAGCCCGCCCCAGGGGCUCCAGCCCCCCAGGAACUUGCGGCUGCCGAGAAGCAGGGUGAUUUUCACGACAGCAUGGAGCCUGCAGCGGGAGAGGCCAGGGAGGGUUCUCCCCAUGACAACCCCACUGCACAGAAGAUCCUGCAGCUUCUUCCUGUAAUGCAGGACACCCAGGAGCACCCAGGCUUGGCCACCAAACCCUGCGUGCCAUUCUUUUACCGGGCAGCCAAGAACAGAGAGAUAAACAUCAUCAUCAUCUGA